GGGGGCGGGGCCGCGGCGACGCGGGGUUGACAGGCGCAGAUGGCGGCGGCGCWGGGCUCCUGAGCCGGAGGCGGCCAUGAGCGCCGCCCGGCCCCAGUUCAGCAUCGAUGACGCCUUCGAGCUGUCCCUGGAGGACGCGGGGCCCGGGCCCGAGUCCAGCGGGGUCGCCCGCUUUGGGCCGCUGCACUUCGAGCGCCGGGCCCGGUUCGAGGUUGCCGACGAGGACAAGCAGUCCCGGCUGCGCUACCAGAACCUGGAGAAUGAUGAGGAUGGAGCCCAGGCCUCGCCAGAACCGGAUGGGGGAGUCAGCACCAGGGAUUCUGGCCGAACAUCUAUACGCAGCUCCCAGUGGUCCUUUAGCACCAUCAGCAAUAGCACCCAGCACACCUACCAUUCCUGCUGCAGCUGGACCAAACAUCCUUUGAUCCAGAAGAACCUCCGGGUUGUGCUAGCCUCCUUCCUGCUCCUGCUGCUGGGGACAGCGCUGAUCCUGGUCGGCGUGGGACUGGAGGCGGCCCCGUCGCCAGGUGUCUCCAGCGCCAUCUUCUUCGUGCCAGGCUUCCUGCUGCUGGUCCCAGGAGGUGCGAGCGGGCGCCAGGGCAGGGCGGGGGGCGGGGAAGGGCGGAGCCUCGCACUGACAGGCCCCGCCCCUCAGUCUACCACGUGAUCUUCAUCUACUGCGCCGUCAAAGGCCACCGGGGCUUCCAGUUCUUCUACCUGCCCUACUUCGAGAAGUGAGMCGCUGGCGGGACGCUGGCGGGACGSUCGAUGCCUGCGAUUCGAGGCCGGGAGGCCGGGCCGCCGCCUCGCGUGCGGGGAGGCUACUCCGACCUGUGCGCCUCUUCUCAAGGGAAGAGGUCCUCUGGGACCCUCGCAACCCCAUACCCCCAGGAGUUUGCUCAGGAAGUGUGGGGCACCACCCCUUGCCUGCUUUGUGCCUUAACUUAUUCUCAGGCCCUGGAGUGUUGAGUCGAUGUUAUUUUGUGCUAAUAAAAGGAUCAUUAAUUCCA